AUGGAAAUAGAUAAAUUUGUCAAGGAGGAAGAUAUUCCGUUUGAGUAUGGUGUUGUUAGAGAAAGAGACAAUGCUGUAUCAUGGUCGAGAUAUUUGGCAACUAAAAGAUCAGCAGGCGAUGAGUUGAAUUUAGAUUGGCUAUACGAACGUUGUUUGAAGGAGAUCAAGGACGACUGGCAUCUAUGGAAAGAGUUCUUGAAAUGGAGGAUAGAAUUAUUGAACGAUUGUGAUAUUUUCAGGCACAAAGAUGAAUACAAUAAGAUAUCGUUACUAUUCGAACAGUGCUUAACAUCAUGUGGCAAAGUUGGGGAUGCAUGGAUUAUGUAUAUGGAAUGGGUAAUACAGUUUAAGGAUUUGAAGAGGAUUAGAGAACUGCUUGGAAAAGCGCUACGAUCAAUGUCGUGGGAGUACCAUGAAGCAAUAUGGCGUGUUGUCAUCGAUUUCAUUAUCAAUGAAUUGUUAAUAGACAACAAGAGGUAUGAACUUUCUUUAGAGGAUUCCAUCUACUAUUUUGUUCACGGAGAGCAUUCGACGAAUUUUGAUACAGACCUCUGGUCUUCCUCAAUCCUACAGAGAUAUUCACUUAUUUGUGACGACAUAGAGCCUUUAUUGAUCUACAUUUUUAAGACUCAUGAUUGGAGCACGAUCGUUCGAGUAUUUGAAAAACAUCUAUCACCUAAUUUAAAGCCAUCUCAGACAAGUUUAUUUGAACUUUACGUUAGUUACAUCACUUCAAUGAUUCUUGUGGAUAAUUCAGCAGGGGUUGCUGCGGUAGUGGACCAAUGUAUCGAAUUAUUCCCUUUCAAGAAGGGUGAACUUAAGACAUAUUUGAUAUUUAACCUGAUACGUCAAGGAAAAAUAACGGAAGCUGAGCUGUACUUAGAGAAAGUUAUAAGCGAAACUAAAGACAUUAUCGAAUUUUCUGUAUUAUAUGAUUUUUGGAUUCGUAUGGAGGAGCUAUUGACCCAAGAAUUAAUUCAAAAGAUGAAAGACGAUAAUUCAGAAAAGCAACGGCUGUUCGCAAAUAUAAGACUACAUGCCGACACUCUAACCUCAUUAAUAAAAAACCACACUAUUAGAUUAAACGACUUAGAAUUGAGGCGAGAACCCAACAACAUCAAAUUGUGGCUAGAACGAGUGAAGCUUUUUGAUACCAUCUCUGAUAAAGCUAAAGUUUAUGCAGAUGCUGUUCUUACCGUGGACUAUAGACUUCAGACUACUCCAGGGCUAUUAGGAGAAUUAUGGUGUCAAUAUUGCAGACUUUUUGAAGAGGAUAUUGAAAAAUCCGAGGUCUUGCUGGACAAAGCCACUAACGUCCCUUUCAAAUUUUUAGUAGAUCUUGAAAAUGUUUGGUUAUAUUGGUGUGAAUACAGACUAAAAAGAAGCAUUGACGAUGCCAUAAAAGUUUUGUCCGUUGUAUUAGAAAUACCAGAUAAUCAUGAAUUACUCCUACAAAAAUUUGAGAAAGGAGAAUCGCCAGCACAAGCAGCAAUUUUCUCAUCUAAACGCUUAUGGGCAAUGUACCUUGACUUAUUGGAGGUCAAAGGAAACUAUGGUACAGCUGUAAAUGCGUAUGAAACAGCAAUACUCAUCAAGGCAGCAACACCAGCCAUGUUUAUUAAUUAUGCGUUAUUAAAUGAAUCUUCUGGCCAUCAAGCAGAAGCUUUGGCUGUUUUCGAAAGGAGUGUUGAGAUUUUUCCUCCAAGCGUAUCGAAGUCUAUUUGGGAUAUAUAUCUGGAUGUGGCACUCAAAGCUGAUAUCACUAAAGAGCAAAAAAGAGAUAUUUUUGAAUCUGCUAUUAAGCUUGCAGCUUCAGGAGUGGCAUGUGUUUCGUUCUUUGAAAAGUACAGCGACUUUGAGUUAAACCUUGGUUUCCACGAGAGAAGUGUCGAGAUUUUGCACAAAGGAGCCAAGAAUAUUUCGGAUCUUGAAAGUAAAUGUACUUUAUGGGAAGAAUGCAUCAAUAGAAGUGAAAAACAAUUGGACGUCAAUCACACCAGAAAACUAUAUGAAGAAUGUAUAGAAACAUUGCCCAAUUCUAAAGCAAUCAAGUUUCUACUUCCAUUUGCUAUCUUAGAAGAAUCGCGUAAUGAGGUUGCUCGUUGUAGAGCAUUGUUAGACUACGGGAGCAAAUUACUGAAGCCCGCACAGAAUGAAGAACUUUGGGAUUUCUGGAGGAAUUUCGAAACUAUGCACGGUACAAAAGACUCGUUCAAGAACAUGCUAAAAGCACGUAGGUUCCUAGAGGACACAAUGAAAGUAAAUACAGAGGAAGUAUCCAGACAUGCAGAUAGCAUCGAAUUUAGGGCGUCAACUGCGAAAAUUAGUGGAAGCGGACCACCAAGCGCAGAAGAUAAAGGAUACUCAAAUACGGCUGAAAUUGAUUUAGGUCUAUAA